GGGCUCUGCUGGACCCCGCUCAGAGAGCCCUCUACAGGGAUGUCAUGCAGGAGAACUACGAGAUGGUGACGUCGCUGGGAUUCCCCCUUCCCAAACCUGACCUGAUCACCCGGCUAGAACGAGGGGAAGAGCCGUGGGUGCCUGAUCUCCAGGCCUGCGAGGAAAGAGAGAUCCGGAGAGGUGCCUGCACAGGCACAAUGACUCCUGUCUGGGUUGUCUUUCACCCAGCAGGGGAAGUGGAACCAGAAGGGGCCUUUGUGGGAAGAGCUGCAAGGAAUUUUUCCCAGUGCUUAGAACAAGGAGAUGACUUGGGAAAUUGGCAGAGGUCAGAGAGGCUUCUGGGAAACCACUCAAGGGAGCAAAUGGAUGAAUCUGUUAUAUGUGGGGAAGGAUACAAGGAUCCCACAGCCCGGCAGACAACCCCCAAGGAAGACAAAUGCUAUGAAUACCUUGGUUUUGGGAAAGGAUUCAUUCUGAGACCACAGUUCGUUACGCUUCAGGCAAUAAAUAAUGGAGAGAAACCACUUCAGUGCUUAGACCGUGGGGAAAACUUCAAUAACCUCUCAGAUCUUAAUAACCAUGGAAGAAGCCACACGGGAGAGAAAUCCUAUCAAUGCUUUGAGGACAGGAACUAUUUGAAUUGGAAGUCAGUACUGACUACACAUCAGAUAAGCCACAUAGGAGAGAGACCCCAUAAGUGCUUAGACUGUGGGAAAAGUUUCAUACGGAGGUCAGCCCUUGUUUCACAUCUGGCAAUCCACACAGGAGAGAGACCCCAUAAGUGCUUAGACUGUGGGAAAAGUUUCAUACGGAGGUCAGACAUUGUCAGACAUCAGGCUAUCCACGCUGCAGAGAAACCCCAUAAGUGUUUGGAUUGUGGAAAAACUUUUAUAUGGAAGUCAGGCCUUGCUAAACAUCAGGCAAUCCACAUAGGAGAUUGUUCCCAUAAGUGUUUGGAUUGUGGGAGAAGUUUCACAAACAAAUCAAAUUUUAUAAUACAUCAGAGGAUCCAUACAGGAGAGAGACCCCAUCAGUGCUCAGACUGUGGAAAAAGUUUCAUACAGAGGUCAGACCUUGUUAGACAUCAGGCAAUCCACACAGGAGAGAGACCCCAUAAGUGCUUAGACUGUGGAAAAAGUUUCAUAUGGAGGUCAGCCCUUGUUUCACAUCGGAGAAUCCACACAGGAGAGAGACCCCACAAGUGCUUAGACUGUGGGAAAAGUUUCAUACAGAGGUCAGCCCUACUUGAUCAUCAGGCAAUCCACACUGGAAAGAGACCCCAUAAGUGCUUCAUCUGUGGGAAAAGUUUCAUACAGAGGUCAAAUUUUGUUGAACAUCAAGCAGUCCACACUGGAGAGAGACCGCAUAAGUGCUUGGACUGUGGAAAAAGUUUCACACGCAGAUCAAAUUUUAUAACACAUCAGAGGAUCCAUACAGGAGAGAGACCCCAUCAGUGCUCAGACUGUGGGAAAAGGUUCAUAGAGAGGUCAGCCCUUGCUGUACAUCAUAGAAUCCACACAGGAGAGAGACCUCAUCAGUGCUCAGACUGCGGAAAAUGUUUCAUACAGAGGUCAACCCUUCUUAAACAUCAGGCAAUCCAUACAAGAGGGAGACCUUAAGUGCUUGGACUCUGGGAAAGGUUUCAGACACAGAUCAGCCCUUCUAAACAUCUGGCAAAACACACAUAGUGCUUAGACUAUGGAAAAACAUUUCAAAUAGAUGUCCGAUCUUGUUUUACAUCAGAGAAUACACCCAGGGGAGAGACCCCAUAACUGCUUAGCCUGCGGAAAGAGUUUUAUAUGGAGGUCAGACCUUGUUAGCCAUCCAGCAAUCCACAGAGGAGAGAGACCCCAUAAGUGCUUAGACUUUGGGAACCAUUUCAUAAACCAAUCAGUCCUCCUUUUACAUGAGAAAAUCCACAGAAGAACAAGACUCCAUAAGUACUUGGACUGUGGCAAAAGUUGCACACUAAGAUCACACCUCAUUAAACACUAAAGAAUUCACACACUAUCCAACUUCUGUGACACCUUGGUGCACCUCUAGAAAUAGAACUAGCAGAGUUUUGUGUGAGGGAGAAGACAAUAUGCCACGUUUACUGUGAACACAGAGAAUUCUUAAUAGGAGUAAAAGAUAAGUAAUUCAGUUUCUAUUCCUAGCUAAGAUUGUUCACCACAUACACACACACACACAGUUCUACAGAUGGAAUAUAACUACCAGCCUCAGUUGCUCUUACUAGUCCACUGGCCAGGAGGUCUAGUCACGAGGAGGGGAGCCGAGUCCUGUCGGUGUGCACCGAUGCUCCUGGAGGAUGAUCGUAGAACGGGAAGAAGAACUGAACCCUAUGGUUUUGCACCCAUCUUUUUAUAUGUUUCUAUCCAUAGAUCCUGUCCUGUCCCACUGCUCCUAGACACUGUAUGACCAUGAGUCAUCAGUUAAUGGCAGAUGUGACUUUGAUCUUUUUCUUGAUGGGGCUUUUGUUUUUCUUUCUCUUGGGUGGGUUCUUUUGCAAGUUUCACCCAUAUUGUUCUUCCGCCAUCAGGGUGGUGCUGGCAGCUGGUCUUUCAGAUGUGCUGGCAUCAGGGACUGAUCCCAUCACACACCCACAUUCACACUUUUAAAUGAAACAGACACACCUAACAUUAAACAGAGUUUCAGUUACAAUAUGGUGUUGCUUUAAUUAUAAUGUAUCAGUGGUUUAAGAUGACGGUUUUAGUUACAAUAUGAAGACACUUUAGUUACAAUGUA